AUGGGCCUUGUUUCUCCCGGUGCUGUCGGGGACGCCGCCACCACUGGCACCACCACUGGCACUACCACGUGGCUGAGAUCACAGCGCCCAUGGACGCUGGUGGCGCUUGCGGCCUCUGUCGGCGUAGCCGGUGCGGUGGCAUGGAAGGUCUGGCACGGCUUCGUUGCAGCAGACACUGCCGGCAACAGCAACAAUCACAACAACAGCAGCAGGAGCUCGCAGAGGAACGGCGUUCUGCGCAACGCCAGUGACCAGGGCCACCACGACGAAGGUUUUGCCGGCGACGCAAACAACAACAACAACAACAACAACAACAACAACAACAACAACAGCAGCGACAACAACAACAACAACAGCGACAACAAGCGGCAUGGCAGCCACGGUGCAUCGCCCUCCAGCGAUCGCAGCAACAGCAACAGCAACAGCAACAGCGAUGGUGACGACGAUGGUCGUGGUGGUCCGGGCAGCCGCACAAGCAGCGAUAGCAACGAGGAUGAAAACGCCGUCGACACCACGAGCGAUGAAGGCGGCAACAAACAGCGCAGGCGCGCGUCCACACGCUCGCCCGACAACAGCACCGGCACGGCCAACGCUAGCACCGCCGCGGCCUCUGGCGAGCAGCCAUCCUCCGCGCGCAAGCGACUGUCGCGCUCGCAGCAGAAGAAGCGGCGGCGGCGGCAGCGUCGCUUGGCCAAGGAGAGACGUGCUGGCCAGGCAACCUCUGAUUCGGUUGAAGCAACAGCGUCAGCGUCAUCGACCACAAAGGGCAGCAACGCCAACGCCAACGACGACGACAACAACAACAACAACAACAACAACAACAACAACGGCAAUGGCAAAAGCAAAGACGGCAACAAUAGUGCUGCUGCCGACAGCGGUGAGGAGAAAGGACGCAAGGGCGGCCUGCUCGGGAGCCACCGGCUGCCCUCGUGGGCGGCGGCGUGGCUAAGGCGGAGCGAAUCGCAGCAGAGCCUUGGAAGGGGCCCACUUGGCGACGACGCAGCAUUGGGUGUGGUCGGUGGCAGCGGUGGCGGCGGUGGCGGUGGCGGCGACAAGGGCGGUGUGACGGUGCGGCGGAGUGGUAGUCGUGGCGGCUCACUGCGGUCCCGCGCUGGCAGCGACCCUGCAGACCUGAUUCACAACAGCCCACUGCCGUCCAGGCAGGACCUUCGAUCGGCGAUGGUGUGGUCAUCCCAAGGCGACCUCCUGUCCUACCACAGCAUCUUCAUCACAGACGAGGACGAGGCAUCUCCGAGCACCAGCGCCAGGCACCGCGGAAUUCGGCCUGCCCGCGACGUGACCACCGGCAUCAGUGGCAGCAGCGGUGGUGAUGGCGGCGGCGACAAUGGCAAUCGUGGUCAAGGCGAUGGCCACGACGUCGACGAUGAUGAUGAUGAUGAUGAUGAUGCUGAUGAUGAUGAUGAUGAUGGCAUGGGGCUGCGGUUUGGCCGCCGCCGCAGCCGCCGCCUCCCCGCCAACGCCGUUGCUGUCAACGUUGGGCCCGAUGGUCUUAUCACGCUCGACACACACGAUGAUGACAAUGACGGUGACGCCGCUGCCGACAGUGAUGGCAGCGGCGGUGGUGCGCGUGCAGCUUGGCGCGCACGGCAGCGGCGGUUUGAGGAAGACGGUGAUGGAGAGGAAGAGGAGGGCACGGAGACGGACGGCAGCGGGCUGUUUGGCGACGGUGGCGACAGCACCGAUGACUACAUGCUGGAGGAUUCAGACGACGAACGCCCGCUCGGCAUGCAAUCCUGGAUGCGCAUGGCGCUGCAUGCGCAAGAGCUGGCGCAGCAAGGCGACGACACCACCUCCUCCCUGUUUGAGGAAGCGGCCAAGCUCAUGCUGCUGUUCCAGCGUGCAAACGCCCCAUCGCUCUCGCCAACGCCGUCCAGCCAGAUGCUCCUCAACUUGCUUGCACAAGACACCACCGCCUUCCCCUUGUAUGGCGACGACGACUACGAUGAUGACGACGAUGAUGCUGACGAUGGAAGUGAUGGUGGCGCUGCCGAGUACCGCAUGAGCAUCCGCGGCGCUGACGCUGACGAUGUUGCUGGUGAUGAGUCGGGUGUUGUGUCGUUUGGACUGUUGGGCGCUGCGCUCAACGGUUUGGAUUUGGACGCCACCAUCACCAACAGCACUGCGUUUCACAACAUGCUGCCACCGCGUGUCGACGGCAAUGCCAAUGGCGGCAACGAUGAUGGUGGUGGUGAUGAUGGUGACGAUGACGCAGAGACUGCGACGACACCAACAGCACCAACCGCGCCAGCAACAGCUGCAGGAGCAACAGGGGAGCCUUUGAGGAAUGACAAUGACGGUGGUGACACUGAUGGCUCGGUUUCCGCACCAGCGCACCAGCACGGUGGGGAGACAAACACACCAUUGGCUGCGGACAAGGAAGGUGACAAGGAUGCAUAUGGCAUGGCCACAGACGCCGAGCAGGGCAAGGGCACACAGCACCAGCAGCAGCAGCGACGCAAGAAGGGAGGGCAAGGAAAGAAAGGCAAAAAGCCAAGCAAGAAAGCGUCAAAGAAACACCACCACCACCACCAUCACCACCACCAACAGCAGCAUCAUCAUCGCCAUCAGCAGCAGCAGCAGCAGCAGCAGGGUGCGCACGACCGCUGCAGCGGUGGAGACGGCGAUGACCAUGAUACCGGUCACCACCACCACCACCAUCGUCACCACCACCACAAUGACCACGACGACAUUCUCGGGCCGCUGCUGCAGCACGAGGAAAUUGACGAGGACUGA